GCCGCAGUCCUUCGGACUCUCGCUCCCAUCCUCGCACUCCUGCUCCGGCUCCUCCAUCUUGGCCUCGGCGGUGGCGACUGCCGGGAGGAUGUGCCGCCUUCUGGCCGGGGGAAGAAGGAGGAGAAGAUGAAGAAGUACCAGCGGGCCUUGGCCCUGGUCUCCUGCCUCUCUCUCUGCUCGCUGGUUUGGCUUCCCAGUUGGCGUGUGUGUUGUAAAGAGAGUUCUUCAGCUUCAUCAUAUUACUCUCAAGAUGACAGUUGCGCACUAGAAAAUGAAGAUGUACAAUUCCAGAAAAAGGAUAAAAGAGAGGGACCCAUCAAUGCCGAAUUCCCGGAAAAAGUGAGUUCAAAUUUACCUAUUCCUCCAGAAGAACAGAAAUUAAAAGAUGACUACGUUGUGGAUGUGCAAAAUACGGAGUCAAAAAAGUUAAGUCCGCCUGUGAUUGAGACACUCUCUUCAGGUGAUCUACAUGAAGAUUCUUCCAGUGUAGUUGUGGGCAGUGAAAACAUUGAAAAUAUUUCCAGCUCAUCUACCUCAGAGAUCAUUCCAAUCUCAAAACUUGAUGAAAUAGAAAAAUCUGGUACUAUUCCUCUAGCCAAGCCCCGUGAAACUGAGCCACCUGAAACCGACUGUGAUGUUGGCGAGGCCCUGGAAGCCAGUGCUCCUGCCCACCAGCCCGCCUUUGUCCGUCCACACGAAAGCCUUGUUGGCCAGCAUAUAGAAAAUGUGUCAUCUUCACAUGGCAAAGGAAAGAUAACAAAAUCAGAAUUUGCAUCAAAAGUUUCAGCAAGUGAUCAGAGCGGUGGUGAUCCAAAGUCUGCAUUGAAUGCUUCAGAUAAUUUAAAAAAUGAGAGUUCUGAUUAUACAAAACCAGAAGAAAUCGACCCUACGUCUGUAACAAGUCCCAAAGACCCAGAGGAUAUACCAACAUUUGAUGAAUGGAAGAAGAAAGUUAUGGAAGUAGAAAAAGAAAAAAGUCAGUCAAUGCACGCGUCUUCUAAUGGAGGUCUACAUGCCACGAAAAAGGUCCAGAAAAAUCGAAACAAUUAUGCCUCAGUAGAAUGUGGUGCCAAAAUUUUGGCAGCUAAUCCAGAAGCCAAGAGCACAUCUGCUAUUCUUAUAGAAAACAUGGAUCUUUAUAUGUUGAAUCCUUGCAGCACUAAGAUUUGGUUUGUUAUUGAACUUUGUGAACCAAUUCAAGUAAAGCAGCUUGAUAUUGCAAAUUAUGAGUUAUUUUCUUCUACUCCUAAAGACUUUCUGGUUUCCAUCAGUGACAGGUACCCCACGAAUAAGUGGGUUAAGCUGGGGACUUUCCAUGGUAGAGAUGAGAGAAAUGUCCAGAGUUUCCCUUUAGACGAACAGAUGUAUGCGAAAUAUGUGAAGAUGUUCAUCAAGUACAUAAAGGUGGAGUUGUUAUCCCACUUCGGAUCGGAGCAUUUUUGUCCAUUAAGUCUCAUAAGGGUAUUUGGCACUAGCAUGGUGGAAGAAUAUGAAGAGAUUGCUGAUUCCCAGUAUCAGUCAGAACGGCAAGAGCUAUUCGAUGAGGACUAUGAUUAUCCACUGGAUUAUAAUACUGGGGAGGAUAAAGCCUCAAAGAAUCUUCUUGGUUCUGCCACAAAUGCCAUUCUAAAUAUGGUGAAUAUUGCCGCUAAUAUUCUGGGAGCAAAAACUGAAGACCUGACAGAAGGAAAUAAAAGUGUAUCUGAGAAUGCCACUGCCACAGCUGCACCCAAAAUGCCUCAGUCCGCUCCUGUUUCGACUCCUGUUCCUCCGCCUGAGUUUGUGGCCACUGAAGAACAGGCGCACGACACAGAGCCAUCGUCACCAGAUACUCCCAAAGAAAGCCCCAUUGUCCAGCUAGUUCAGGAGGACGACGAGGAGGCGAGUCCAUCUACAGUGACUCUUCUGGGUAGCGGAGAACAGGAGGAUGAAUCGUCACCCUGGUUUGAGUCAGAGACACAAAUAUUUUGCAGUGAACUGACCACAAUUUGUUGUAUUUCUAGUUUUUCAGAAUACAUAUAUAAAUGGUGUUCAGUUAGAGCUGCUUUCUAUCGCCAACGCAGCAGAACUGCUGUGAAUAAGGAAAAAGGUUACCUUGUGUCCGCUCAUCCACCACUACUGCUUCCUGCAGAAUCAGUACCUGUGUCAGCGCAGCCUCCAUGUGGAGAAGCGGACAGCAAGAGCAAGGAGAAGGAAGCUGAAACCGUUGUUCUAGGCGACCUAAGUAGCGCACACCAAGGUGACUUGAUGAAUCACACUCUAGAUGUAAUUGAACUUGAACCAAGCCAUCCUCAAACUCUUUCUCAGUCUCUUCCCUUGGAAGUGACUCCAGAAAUCAGUUCAGUAUCUAAAAUGGAAGUAUCUGAGCCUAUUAAAUACGAGGCAGGACACACACCAUCACAAGUGAUUCCGCAGGAGAGUUCUGUUGAGGCUGGUAAUGAAACGGAAAAGAAGUCUGAGAGUUUGGGUUCUGUAGAGAAGCCAUCUGUGGUCUCUGAAACUAAACUGAGUGAAGUAAUGGAUAGUACUGUAAAAGACAACACAGACUCCACGCAAAUUAUCACAAAGCUCUCGGAAACAGUAGUGCCACCUGUAAACACAGCUGCUGUGCCAAACAGAGAAGAUGGGGAAACCAAAACAAGCAGAGCCGAUGCACCAAAGCCAGUGCUGACCCCUGCUGUGGAUCCUGCCUCGCUCCCUGAAGCGAAAGAGGAGGAGCAGUCCCCGGAGGAUGCCCUUUUAAGGGGCUUGCAGAGGACAGCUACGGAUUUUUAUGCUGAGUUGCAAAAUUCUACAGAUCUAGGAUAUGCUAACGGGAAUCUUGUACAUGGAUCGAACCAAAAGGAGUCAGUGUUUAUGAGACUUAAUAAUCGUAUUAAAGCCUUAGAAGUUAACAUGUCUCUCAGUGGGCGCUAUUUGGAGGAACUUAGCCAAAGGUACCGAAAACAAAUGGAAGAAAUGCAAAAGGCUUUCAAUAAAACAAUAGUAAAGCUUCAGAACACUUCAAGAAUAGCAGAGAAGCAGGAUCAGCGGCAGACUGAGUCCAUCCAGCUGCUGCAGGCACAACUGGCCAACGUGACGCAGCUGGUCUCAAACCUGUCGGCAACAGUAGCGGAGUUAAAACGCGAGGUUUCAGAUCGACAGAGCUAUCUCGUCAUAUCUUUGGUUCUCUGUGUUGUCUUGGGACUGAUGCUUUGCAUGCAGCGUUGUCGAAACACCUCUCAGUUUGAUGGAGAUUACAUUUCAAGACUUCCUCAAAGUAAUCCGUAUCCAAGCCCUAAAAGGUGUUUUUCUUCCUAUGAUGAUAUGAACUUGAAAAGGAGAACUUCAUUCCCACUCAUCAGAUCCAAGUCUCUGCAGUUAACUGGAAAAGAAGUAGAUCCGAAUGCUUUGUACAUUGUAGAGCCCCUCAAGUUCUCUCCAGAAAAAAAGAAGAAACGCUGCAAGUACAAAACAGACAAAAUUGAGACCAUAAAGCCGGCGGACCCAUUGCAUCCUGUCGCCAAUGGAGACAUAAAAGGAAGGAAGCCCUUUACGAACCAGAGAGACUUUUCUAACAUGGGCGAAGUCUACCACUCUUCCUACAAGGGCCCUCCAUCCGAAGGGAGCUCGGAGACGUCGUCGCAGUCUGAGGAGUCCUACUUCUGCGGCCUUGCAGCCUGCACGAGCCUGUGCGGUGGGCAGCCCCAGAAGACGAGAACUGAGAAGAGGGCUUUAAAGCGGAGGCGGUCCAAAGUCCAAGACCAAGGGAAGCUGAUAAAAACUCUGAUACAGACUAAGUCAGGGUCCUUGCCGAGCCUGCAGGACAUCAUUAGAGGCAACAAAGAGCUCACAGUGGGCACGUUUGGGGUGACCGCUGUCUCGGGCCACAUCUAGAAUAAUCGAACUUUUCCUCCUGGGGACUUCUGUUGUUCUUGGAAGAACACUCUGUGGUUAUUGAAGGGUUUCGGGGAGGGAGAUGAUGCUAAUGGGAAAAGCAUUCAGAAAUUAUGGGUUCUGCCUUUUUAAAGGUAGAUGGGAUUGUGUCGGUCAGUCUGGGUUGACGAGCCGAAGUCCUGCCAGGCUGAUGACUUCCCACAAGGACAGUGGCAGACAUUUUCUAAAGACGCUUUUUCACAGGUUAAUCGCUGGUAAUUUGGAAGCCCAGUUCCUUGGGCGGGUCAGGAAUAGAAGCCCAAACCUCUUCCUGUAGCUUCGGUCCUAUUUCUUGCACCUUCCAUAUUUAUGUGCCUUUUGUCUAUUUAUAACGCCACUGGAAGAGGAGAGGGGCUUUUUCUGUCAUUUGAUUUCUUUUCUAACUGUUAGUUUUUUGAAGCUGCAAACACUACAAGGCUUUAAGGUGACCUGCUCCUCAAGUUCAGUAACGUGGGUCAGACUGUGUGAAGAGGCUACAGACUUGCCAGCUAGACCUCUGUGUAGCAAACCCACCUGAAACCAACACUUGAUGGAAUUUUGUGUCUGUUUUUAGGUGAAUGGUGAUACUCUUAAAUGUAUUUUCAUUUAAUUUAUUCAUACUGGUUUUCUGUAGUUACAACUCAACGAGGAAAACGAAACUACAAGAUCUUUCUUACAAAUGACUGGUAUUUGCAAAUAAGUUUUUUAUAAAUUCACCUUUUAAACACAUGUAACCACUUGUAAAGGUUGAAACAUUCACAGUAAGCACCGAUCCUCCAUACUGUCACUCACUACAAGUAGAAAAUGUGAAGGUUUGUCGAACGAGUCCAGGUCUCACGUGACGCAGUCGCAGCCCACAGACACGCCCAGACCAGCCGGUGAGUUUGUCGAGCCUCCUCUACGGCCAGGUCUCCAGGGCUGUCCAGUCCCUGGUGUCAGCUUCGUGCGGCCGCGAGUGGCGGAGAUGGACGUGUGAGAUGCCAGGGCACCUGUCUUCGUUUUGUCCUUUUAUUUCUUUUCAUCGGCAGCAACUGUGUUUUGAGUAAAACAGUUUCUUUGUCUAUGUUUGUACAGUGAUGAGUGAGAGUGGCAGGUUUCCUUUUGAAAGGCAGAGAAUUGACCAUUUUGUGUUGUCAGUCUUAAGUUAUAACUUAUUAAGCACUUUCAGUAGUAACUGUGUUUCAACUUGUCUAAUACCUUUCUGAGGGUAUUGUUUGUAAUGUGACUUAUUUAAAGCCUUUUUUGUUUGUUUAAGUUGCUGCUUUAGAUUAACAGUGUGUUUUAGAUGAUUGACAUUUUUUCCCGUCUGUACAAUUAGCCGUUCAGAGCAAGAGGGCCUGGUUGCGCAGGGAGCCACGGGGGAGCGGGCCAGUGGGAGCAGAGGCGGGCGCCGGCCGUGGGGAGGGGACGCUCAGUGUGGAACGACGGAGCUGUAGUGCCG